AUGUCUUGUCCAGACUGUUUCAGAGGGACCAUCCACGAGGGAACGCCAAAAGGCAAAGAGGAAACAAUUCACAAUGUCCUCACAUAUGUCGCCACUCCCGAGACAGUUUCCACAUCAAAUUCGAAAAUCAUCUUCAUCACGGAUGUCUUUGGCUUCAACCUUGUGAACAACAAGUUGCUAGCAGACAAAUAUGCUGCUGCUACCGGAUGCGAGGUCCUCGUGCCCAGCGUCAUUCCAGGAGACUUGGGAGGGCAGACAAAGAGAGCUGGGGCUGCCUUUAAAGCGGCAACUAUUUUCGCCCCAUUCGCAGUCCGUACUCGAAAUGCGUAUCCCAAACUUCUCAACUUCUCUCGCGAUGUCAAAGCUUCCUUGCCGCCCGGUGCCAAGCUGGCUGUAGCCGGAUUCUGCUGGGGUGGGAUGCACUCGACCAAACUCACUGCAGAGCCAGCUGAACAGGGCGGAAACGUGUCACUAUUCGAUGCUCACUUUGUGGCUCACCCUGCUGGCCUCAAAACACCCGACGACUUUUCAGCCGCUGCCAACAAGUUCAAAGUCCCCAUCAGUCUCGCUAUUGGAGAUCUUGAUAUGUUAUUAUCCAAAGAUAAGAUUGACGCUAUUGAAUCAAGUUUAAAAGAGUCUUAUGGAGAGAAGCCGGGUGACUUUGAGGUGAAGACUUAUAGUAGCUGCAAGCAUGGGUUCGCUGUUCGAGCUGAUCCGAAGAGGGCGGUUGAAGAUGAGGCUGCUAUGCAAGCAGCGGCACAGGCGACCAAUUGGUUCAAGAAGUAUCUGUUGUGA